AUGUCAGACAUUGCUCACAACAAGGAGUACCAUGUGCGAGACUUGGCCACCCGAUCCGUCACACUCUAUCCCAACAGUGCCCAAGUCGUGAGGGACUUGCGCAACCUACAACUGAAGCCCGGCGCUAACGAAAUCACCAUAUUCGGUCUUACACCCACAAUUGAUGAGUCUACAAUCAAGGUAGAUGGGGCCGGCUCAGCCAUCAUCACCGACAUCGCCAUUGAGCUUAUUCCCAACCGCGAGAGCUUCCAAGAUGUCUAUCCUGACUCUGAUGACGAAAUGUCGGAUGCCGAUGUCCCUCACGAAGAAGACGGAGAAGAUGAAGAAGAAUCGGAGGAGAAAGAACCGUCGCCACUCGACAAAGUGCGAGCCCGGAUAAGACAGCUGAGAGACGAGGAACGCAGCGCCAAAGAAGUAGUCGAAAGCGCAGCCAAUCGUCUCAAGAUCCUCGAUGCUCACGGAGCUUCACUCGACAGUAAAGAAGGCGUCAACAUCGCUGACAGCAUCGAAACUUACCGAGCUGAGCGAGAACGAAUCUUCCAAGACCACGUGGCCGGAGUCACCCGCGGACAGGACAACAUGAAGCGCCUCAGCAUCGCUCUCAAGCAAGAAACUCGGCUUGUGAAGAGAGAAAAGAGAGAGGCGGCAGACGCGACUCGUGCAAUGAAGAAAGCCCGGAAGGAGCGGGACAGACAGGCGCAAAAGGAUGCUAGGGAGAGAGCGAAGUUGAAGAAGGAGAAAGCUCGGAUUCGGGCGGAGCGGGAGCGCUUUUGGCCCAAGUUGUGUUACUCUGUCCGGGUGUCUCUCGAGGUAAUGGCUUUCACCCCAUCAUCCUCUCGUCGUACAUCGGUGUUAUCGUAG